AGAAACCCCAAUCCUCUCUCUCUCUCUCUCUCUCUUUACUUUUCCUCUCUUUAUUUCCUUUACAAUAUAUUAAAUCAUCAUAAAUAAUACACACAUAUAUAGACCCUAUAUAUUUCCAACUGUCUUCACUUAUUUAUGGUCACAAUUUUCUUCUCUCAUUAUAAAUAUUUGAUUAAUCUCUCAAGUCUCAACUCCUUCUUUUCCUCCCCUAAAACCUUCAAUAUAUUUGGUUGGUUAUUACAAAAUAUGUCAAGAAAAGACAGAAGGGUGAAUUUCAGUCCUGAAGUGAACACUAUGCCAAUGAGCGAUUUUCUCAAACGCAGUGUCUCAUACAGAGCAUCAUCAUCGCCGGGAAGAAGCCGGAAAAGGGCUGCGGCGGUGGCGGCGGCCGGCGGGAUUUGGAGUAGUUUUAGGCUGCAGCCAAAGGAUUCGAAAUACUACUCUCCCAUGGGAUUUCUCCGUAGCCUCAGGGCUAAGGUGGCUAAAGCAAUUCGCUCAAUGUCCAACAAGAGAAGGUCUUCAGGUAAAGUCUCAGCAUCAUCAUCAUCUUUAUCAUCUAAUUUAACAAGAUGUCGUUCGGUAUCGGAUCCUAUGGACUCUCACAGAGCUGAGGCUUUAGAAGAUUGCAUUGAGUUCUUGAAUUCUUCUGCUUCUUUGAAGAGAACUAAUUCAGUUUCUUCAAACUAUUAGUGUGUCUUGUGGAUGAGUAGCUUAGACUUAGAUCGAUCAUGUAUAUGAAAUUAAACAAAAAAAAAUAUUUGAGCUUUUAUCAUAUUUUUCCUCCUCUUCUUCUUCUUUAAGAUGCAGGAAAUUGAAAUACAUCUGGAGUGCAAAUUAAACUGUUUUUGUUUGUUUAUUAUUUUUUCUUUCUCACCACAAAAAAACAAAAAAAAAAACCUUUCUUUAGUACAUAAAGAUGUUUGGGAUUUUUAUAUGGAAUUGAGUGUAUAUAUUUCUCCACUAUACAUUGAGCUUAUUUGUCCAUAAAUGCAAGUGUUGUAAUGUUUCCUUAAUUUGGUGUAACCAAUUUAGACAAAGUGUUCACCAAAUGCUAUAAUUAAUCGAUGUCA